UCGCGCCUCAUAGAUAAAGUCAAGCCGCGUAUCAUUAUCGAAGUUGGCACCUUUCUUGGCGCUUCAGCUCUUCACAUGUCCAACUUGACUCGUCAACUGGGGCUCGAUACACAGAUUGUUUGCAUAGAUGAUUUUCGUGGGUGGCCUGGGUUUCGCGACAAGUUCAAGGACAUUCAGAUGAUAAACGGUGACAUUUUACUGUAUUAUCAAUUUAUCCAAAACGUUGUGUACUUAAAUGCAUCCGAAUCAGUUUUGCCCGUGCCGUAUUCUAGCGGGUCGGCUCUAACAACACUGUGUGAGUGGGGAGUGACGGGUGAUCUGAUAGAAGUUGAUGCAGGUCAUGAUUUUAACUCGGCUUGGGCGGAUAUAAACCGGGCUUGGCGGAUCUUGAGACCCGGUGGGGUUAUUUUUGGACAUGAUUAUUUUACCGCUGCAGAUAAUAGAGGUGUAAGAAGAGCUGUAAAUUUGUUUGCAAAAAUAAACGGUCUUCAAGUACAAACUGAUGGCCAACACUGGGUCAUUGAUUCUGCUGGUAAUAUGUAGAUUUUGUACAUGUUUUCUGAUACUAUAGUCAAACUAGGGUUAAUAUUUCUCCUGGAUGGUCCUAUCCAUUAGAAAUAACAAGAAGAAAAAGUUGUUUUGUGGAUUGAUUACAAAUUGUAAUUGGUAAAAGUUGAAGUUGCUGAUAGAUUACUUGAUCAAUAAUUGAUUUGCGACACUUCGUUUUGUUUCAUA